AUGCUAUUUUUGGUUCGUUUUUCCACCUGUAUUCUGUCACCCCUCUCCUCUCCUCUCUCCCACCUCAUGGCUCAUGAUGACUCAAUGUCGGGUGGUGUAGGUUUCAGUUUCUCUGGAGAAGUUCGAGAGCCGUUCCCAGCCGUCAUCAACGCAAUGGCGGAGACCCAGGUCCCGGUGACCUCCGUGGAUGCCCCCUCAUCGUGGGAUAUCGAGGAGGGCCCGCCCAAAAAUGGUGUCGGUAGUAAUUUUCACCCUAACUUCCUGAUCAGCUUGACAGCUCCAAAGCCCCUUGUCAAACACUUCAAGGGCCGUCACUUCAUUGGAGGACGCUUCGUCACACCCGCAAUCGCAGCAAAAUAUGACUUUGACGUUCCCGAGUACGAAGGGCUCGAUCAAGUUGUCGAGGUUGGACCCAGCGGUCAAAAGCUCUAA